AUGAUGCCUUCAGGGACCCCGUACUCCUCGUCGGCUGUGCCGCAGUCCCACCUGCAGCAGCUGCAGCAACAAGAGCAACAAGAGCAACAGCAGCAACAGCAGCAUACACAGCAUGCGAGAACACAGCCACCAACACAGCCAGCACAGCAAUCUGCGCAGCAGGACCAGGGCGCCCACAGCUCUGCUGCAACGGCACCACCAAAGGAAGCAGACGCGGAUGCGGAAAUUAAGGCCAGCAUCGAGAAGUUCAAGGAAGACCCAGCUCUUGUCUUUGAGCUGGCGCUGCUCUUCUACAGAACAAACAAAGGCAACUUGAACUUUGAUUACGACACCAAGAUUGAUCUCGCUGCCCUCUACAAACAGUCGACGAUUGGCCCAUAUGACCCAGACAAACACGAGGCGCCCGGGUUCUUUGACUUUGUCGGGAAGGACAGAGUGGCUGCGUGGAAGGCGCUCGCUGGGCUGGACGAGGACACAGCGCGUGCCGCAUUCUGCGAGCUGCUGAAGGAGAAGGAGGAGGGGUUUGGCCCCUGGUUUGACGCCCGCCUGGCCGCCAAGGCAGAGCGGGAGAGGAAAGAGCGGCUGGAGCGCGAACGACAGGAGAGGGAGCGACAGGAACGCGAGCGGUUGGAGAAAGAGAGGCAGGAACGUGAGCGGUUGGAACGCGAGCGAGCACUCAGGGAACAGGAGGCACAGCGGGCACUGCUUGCAGCACAGCAACAGCGGCAGCACCAGCUCAGACAACAACAGACCGCAUACAUGCAGCAGCAGCAACAAGCGCAAGCCACAGCACAACAGCAGCAGCAGCAGCAGCAGCAGCAGCAGCAGCAGGGGGAGGCUGGCGAUGACUCACAGCAGACAGCAUCACAAACAGCAACGUCGAUGCACCGCAAGGCAACGGAGCUUCCUAUCCCCGUGGAUGCGGAGGGCCGCGUGCCGGCGGACAAGACGCAGCUGCUGGCAAGCGAGGAGUAUCUGGCGUCGUUCAGGGACGCGAUGAAAGGCAACCCUGACAGCGAGGCCGUCGUGAGCAACGGAGAGGUGCUGACGGUGCGCGUGCCAAAGCCGUUUGACGGCAACACGCGCAUUGUGUGGCAGUUUUGCACGGAGGGCAAUGACAUCUCCUUUGGCGUCGACUACGAGACAAAGGCCGAGGACGGCACCGUGCACUGUGAGACAGUGCUGCCCGUCAUGCGCACAAACGCACACACGCAGGUGGUCACCGGCAGUCACGUUGCGCCCACUGCCGGCACGUGGCUGCUUCGCUUUGACAACUCGUACUCGUACUUCCGCUCAAAGACAGUCUUCUACCGCGUCGUCUGUUACAACAUCUAG